UCAGUUCUCGGCGGUCUCCAGCAGCAGGUGCUGGUUUGCCAACCUCGGCUCCAGAGGCGGCGAAGGAGAAGGAAAAGAGCGAAGGGGAGGAGGAAGCGGCGCGUGGCAGCGGGCGGCAGCGCCAGGUUCGCUCUCGCCGGAGAAGCAGCGGCGCGGGUGGCGGGCCGAGCCGGGCCUGCCGUGUGGCCUGCCGGCCGGGCGGCAUGAAAAAACCUCCCGCUCAUCCUGCGCCCUAGCGGCGGCCGCGGCGGCCCUGAGCCGAGGAGAGAGCGGCCGCCUGCCAGAGGGCUCCGGGGCUGCCCCGGCUCCCGGAGCAUGUUGUGAUGGCUGCUGAGAAGAGAAUGCAAGAAUACGGGGUACUUUGCAUUCAGGAAUACAGAAAAAACAACAAAGUGGAGUCAAGUACAUGUAACAGCUUCAUGGGCUUGAAGGAUCACCUGGGGCAUGACCUCAGCCACCUUUGUGUGGAGAGCACUGACCCACAAUUAAGUGCAGCUGUACCUUGGCCAAUGGUAGAAAAACCAGCAAUGGAUGCAGUUCAUAUCACAAAGGAGGAAAAAGAGGUGUCUGAAGAGAAUCUGAGCUCUGGUGAUUCUGAAGAAAGCACAAAUUCUGAUCAUGAGUCAGAACAAUUGAGUAGCAUUUCAGUAGAGCCAUGCUUGUUAACCAAGACUCACAGACAAUUAUGUAGGUCUCCCUGCUUAGAGCCUCAACUACUCAGACGUAGUGAAAUUUUGCAAAACAUUAAACCUGAAGAGUCCCAGACUCCAUCCAAGGAAGUCAAGAAACCCCCUGAUGUGGUGCGAGAAUACCAAACAAAGCUGGAAUUUGCACUUAAGUUAGGUUAUUCUGAAGAACAGGUUCAGCUUGUGCUAAACAAACUUGGUACCGAUGCUUUAAUCAAUGAUAUUUUGGGAGAACUUGUCAAACUUGGAAAUAAAAGUGAAACUGAUCAAACGGUUAGUACAAUUACCAGUGUAAUGCGGGAAACAUCUUCUCUGGAAUCUCAGAGAUCUGAAUCUCCAAUGCAAGAGAUUGUAACAGAUGAUGGUGAAAAUUUGAGACCAAUAGUCAUUGAUGGCAGCAAUGUGGCAAUGAGCCAUGGAAAUAAAGAAGUAUUUUCCUGCCGAGGAAUAAAAUUGGCAGUGGAUUGGUUUUUGGAAAGAGGCCACAAAGAUAUUACAGUUUUUGUUCCUGCUUGGAGAAAAGAGCAGUCCCGACCUGAUGCUCUUAUUACAGAUCAGGAAAUUUUACGCAAGUUAGAGAAGGAUAAAAUCCUCGUGUUCACACCAUCCCGAAGAGUUCAAGGGAGGCGAGUGGUGUGCUAUGAUGACAGGUUCAUUGUGAAGCUGGCUUUUGAGUCAGAUGGUAUAAUUGUAUCCAAUGAUAACUACAGGGAUUUGGCAAAUGAAAAACCAGAAUGGAAGAAGUUCAUAGAUGAGCGAUUAUUAAUGUAUUCAUUUGUCAAUGACAAGUUCAUGCCCCCUGAUGACCCUCUUGGCAGACACGGCCCAAGUCUGGAUAAUUUCCUAAGGAAGAAACCUAUUGUUCCUGAACACAAAAAGCAGCCUUGUCCAUAUGGAAAGAAGUGUACCUAUGGACACAAGUGCAAAUAUUAUCAUCCUGAAAGGGGCAGUCAGCCUCAGCGUUCAGUAGCUGAUGAACUUCGUGCCAUGUCUAGAAAUUCAGCAGCCAAAACUGCAAAUGAAGGAGGACUGGUGAAAAGCAACAGUGUUCCUUGUAGCACUAAAGCUGAUAGCACUUCUGAUAGCAAACGAGGUGCUCCAAAGAGGCAAUCAGAUCCGAGCAUAAGGACUCAAGUCUACCAAGACCUAGAGGAAAAGCUUCCCACCAAAAACAAAUUGGAAACCAGGUCUGUACCUUCCUUAGUUAGUAUACCGGCUACUUCUACUGCAAAACCCCAAAGCACUACACCUUUAAGCAAUGGCCUUCCAUCUGAAGUUCAUUUCCCACCUCAGGAUCAAAGACCACAAGGACAGUAUCCUCCAAUGAUGAUGGCAACCAAAAAUCAUGGAACGCCAAUGCCUUAUGAACAGUAUCCAAAAUGUGACUCACCUGUUGACAUUGGAUAUUAUUCCAUGUUGAAUGCAUAUUCAAAUCUGAGUAUCUCAGGCCCACGAAGUCCUGAAAGGCGUUUCUCAUUAGACACAGAUUAUAGAAUAAGUUCUGUAGCUUCUGAUUGCAGCAGUGAAGGGAGCAUGAGCUGUGGGAGUAGUGACUCCUACGUAGGUUACAAUGACCGCUCCUAUGUCAGCUCUCCUGACCCACAGCUAGAAGAGAAUUUGAAGUGUCAACAUAUGCACCCUCACAGCCACCUUAAUUCCCAGGCUUUCCUGCAGAACUUCCAUGACCCUUUGACCAGAGUGCAAAGUUACAGUCAUGAAGAACCAAAGUUCCAUCACAAGCCUCCUCUUCCACACUUGGCUAUGCAUCUGCAGCACCCCACUGUGGGCGCCCGGUCCAGUUGUCCUGGUGAUUACCCCUCUCCUCCAAGUUCAGCACACUCUAAGGCACCGCACCUAGGGAGGUCCUUAAUGGCCACAAGAACAGACAGCAUUUCUGAUUCUCGACUCUAUGAUAGUUCUCCUUCAAGACAAAGAAAGCCUUACUCCCGCCAUGAAGGGCUGGGAAGCUGGGAUAGGCCAAGUUAUGGGGUGGAUGCAUACGGGUAUCGGCAGACAUACUCCUUGCCUGAUAACUCUACACCACCAUGUUAUGAGCAGUUUACCUUCCAGAGCCUGCCUGAACAGCAGGAGCCCACCUGGCGAAUACCGUACUGUGGAAUGCCACAAGAUCCUCCAAGGUACCAAGACAACCGAGAGAAAAUUUAUGUCAACUUGUGCAACAUCUUCCCGCCUGACCUUGUGAGAAUUGUCAUGAAAAGGAAUCCUCACAUGACAGAUGCCCAGCAACUCGCUGCAGCCAUUUUAGUGGAGAAAUCACAGCUGGGUUAUUGAAAGAUGAUGCAUCUUUGUGGUGUUUAGUAGUUUUUUUGUUCAGCUCAAAUGCUGAGGGAGGUUUGCUACAAUAGCACAUGUCAUCUCCUUCUCAGCAAGGAGGUUAUAUAGUAUCCAUUUAUGUGAAAUACUGUAUCAUGGAAUCUGUACGUACAGCCCCACAUGGUGGAAGUAUCACAAAAUUGCUUUACAUUCAAACUUUUUUUUAACAUUUCCUUUUUAAAGCUAUAUCUUUGGCUGGAAAUUUAUCCAGUUUGAUUUAAUAGAUGUAUCUGUGAUCUUUGAUAUUAAUCUUUGGUGCAUCAGGGGUUUAUAUGCAGCACUUUUUAUCCUUGUUUCAUGUUUUAUUAACUUGGUGUUUGUCUAUCAAUUGCAAGCAAUUACAAUACCUUCAGAAUGUGGAACCUUUGACUAGACCCAGCAAAAUACUUUUUCAAGCCAAGCUUAAUUAGAAUCUUUUACAGCUCUUUAAGUUAUUUUUAUUUGGGGAAAGUGGGCUUCUUUGUCCUAUAAUCCUUAUUUAUAGAAACAAAGAUAUACUACAGCACUGACUUUAUAUUUUAAACAAAAUCUAAGUUACCAAUUUAUGUUGAAAUGGGUAACAUAUAUGUUAGAAUGAUUUACAAUAUGGCACUUUUAUUGUUUUAUUUUUGUUUGGAUUUUUUCCUGAUAAGAAAUUAGUUAAUUUAAUGGUCAAUUUAAAAGAAAGCAGAUGCAAUCAAUGGAAAAAAUUAUUUCCAUUUUUUUUUAAUGAAUAAGGCAAAAGCCGUAACUGUUACAGGUUUAGAGCUUUGUUAUCCAGCUAUGAUGUGCUUCUAUAGAAAUGGAAUUGAAUUCCUAGAUUCUCAUUAAUCUGUGUUUUUAAUGUUUGUUUUUUGUUUUGGGGCACAACAAUACUGGAUAAAUAACCCUUUCACAGUACUUGCCUGUUUUUAAUAAAUCUAAUUAUUCUCAAUGCAAUUUUAUAUUUAAUAUACUCUAGCUUUCCUGCUAUUUAUCAAGGCUGGCCUGAGAUGGUUUUAUGUGUUGAGGAUAUGCAACAUUUAUUGAUACUGCACUAUAGAAAUAGUGAUGGAGGAGUUGUAAAUGGUAACUUAAAAUUUUUGUAAGAUAUUGUAUAUUUUCCAUUUUCCUGAAGGUAGUUUUUUGGAGGGCCUGUUAUAUUAUUAAGGCCGACUCUUGCCACAAAUAGUGUAGUUUUAGAUACAGACUACUGUCUGUUCUAGUAUUAGUAAGGGAUAUUUCUGGUUUCAAACUCAUGGGUUUUGCUUAUUGCAAUUACAUUUCUGCAGAUCAGAAGAUGGAUUUUGCAGUUAGUGGCAGACAGUUGUGUGACUGAUAUAACUUGACUGUUCCUCCAGACUCUGAAUUUUACAUAGUGUAAUACACACAUUCAGAUCUGUUUUUGUAGUCUGCUUGGAUGUUCUAGUCAUUUGGAUUAUUCUGCAUGCUACAGAUUGAAGUAAAGCCCUGAAAAACCAGAAAGUACCUUUUACUGUUGAUACAAAUUGUAUCUUUUUAACUAUAAGAACUAUUUUGAUUUGUAGAUCUAGUUAAAAACACAAAUGUGUAACUAUGAUUAGACUUUUGGGCAACAUUUUAUCCCUUAUUUAAAUACAAAUUUUUAAAAUAAAAUUGAAGUCUAUUAUUGAUGAGGUAGAAAAUAAAAGUAACAAUUUAGGUAAAUAAAAGUGUCUGUCUUAGUUUUAUAUAAUAUAUUAAAACAUUAAUUAAAUUUAUUGGCAUUUUCUUUCUUCUAAAACUUAUCUAGUGUGAACUUUACUAAAAUAAAGGUAAAAUGCUGCCUGAAAAAUAAUGUCCAAGCAUCUUUGACUAGGAUAACAUUUUUACUACUUAUGUAACACUGUGUGUUGCAUGAAGUAGGAUUUGGGUAUACAGUAAAUGCUUCUAAAAGGCAUUGUGCAUAUUGACAUAUCCAAUAAUCUGAACCAUGUUCAGCAAACUUAAUUCAGGAAAGUGAUGUUCUACACAAUUAUUGCUGUUGUGCUUGAAGUAAGCGUGGCCCGCAUCUAUACCCAAAGAUAAUGCGGGUGAUGCCACACAAACCAUUUUGAAUGGUGUCUGUCUGAGAGUGACCCUACUCACUUGUGAAAUUGUUCUUGAUUUUUGUCAUUCAUUAUCUAUAGAAAAAGUUUAAAUGUGCCGGCAAAAUGAGUGCCAAAAAUAGGGUUACCAAUCUGUAUUACCUUUAAUUUUAGUCAUAUUUUAAGAUUUUAUAGUAUGAAAUCACUUCUAAAUUAUACAUGUAGGUUUUGCUUCCAUUUUCUUCAUUUUAGCAUUUUAAUUAUUUGAAGAUUACUAAACUUUAUUAAAUGGUUUUAAAUAAUUUCUUAUGUUAAAUGGGUGUGACAUUACAUUUGGUUUAAUGUUUUUAGUUGGUUGUUUAUCAUUAUUUUUGGAAAAAUAGCAUACCCUGCCAUCAGGUAUACUGAAAUGAGUAUCUCUGAACCUCUCACAACAAAACUGUUCAGUGUAAUUAGUUGUACAUUAAGAAAUAGCAGCUUUUUUGUGUCAAGAAGACAAUUUGUCCUCCCCCGCUUUUUUUUUUCUGAAACACCAACAUUGCUUUCAGAGAUUAAGAAUGAGAUGAUAGGCUGACUUUAGGUAAAGCAAAUUCUUGUUCUCUAAAGCUGUAAGGUAAAAGGAGUCCAUUACUAAAUUAAAUCCAUAGCUGACUGCAAACCUUUACUUUAGCCACAACUUUCUUCCUAGUCUCUAAUCCCUAUUUACCAGAUCUGCUAAUACAUAACCAGAAAGAGAUAUGUUAAUAAGUAACGAAGUUGCCAAAAGUGGUCAGCUGAUAGAAAGACGAUCCAGACUGGACUAUUCUGCCCCUGAAUAAUCGACAGUUGACUGUACUUUACAAAGUAAUUAGCCAGUCUGUUGUCUGUGUGUCUUGGUCCAGAGGGAGUAGCACCCAACUGGCCAAAUACUGGCCCUUAGUAUUUCCUCAUUUCUUGCAUGUGAUGCAGAUAUUUUCAGUCUCAUUUUUAUGAUCCCUAUCCUGAUAGUUUGUCAGUGACCUACUAAUUACAAGAAAUGCUCACCAGUAUAAAAUAUUUGAUUCUGGUGGAAACUUGAAUUUUGUGUUUUUAUGAAAAUGAAUUUAUUUGAAUAUGUAAUAUAACUAAAGAAGUGUUUUAUAUAUACAUACAUAUUUGUUAUGAAAUAUUAAAAAUGGAGGGAUGUUUCUUCUGGUGGUUAACAUUUCCCUGAUCAUACUGUUUCCUUGAGUUGUGGGUGACCAAGUAUGGGGUCUGAAUGACCAAUGAUAAGAUUUAGAACCACUUUAAUGGAAAGUAAUUCUUCACUGGUUUUAUUCCUUGUAUUUUUAAAAAAAUUAUUUUGAUAAUUUUAAUAGAAUGUGUAAUUUUAAAAUACACACAAAAAUUUUAAAGUAGUAUUGAUUAUACAAAUAAUUAUUUAACAUGUCUCUUAUGGAUAUAUCUGUAUGUAAAUAGUAAUAUAUUUAUAAAACAAAUAUACUUCAUGUUGUAGUUCUUAGUUUGUGAUCCAUGGGAGGAUGACCCUGGGUGGGUGACUGUGACUGUGUAUGCAUGAGUAUUUACGUAUUGGAAACUCAAGCUAUUUUCCCUGACUUAAUGGUAUUUGCUCUAAAGUAUAUUUGGUUUUGUUAUUCUUUCUGCUGUCCAAUUUUCUUACUCAAGAUAAAAUGAGAUAUAUGGUUUUCUGGCCAUUCUGUUGCUGUGUGGCUAAUCCCACUUUGUUAUACUCUCAAUUCCUGGAGAAUUCCUGAGUGACCCAGAAUCAAAACAGAUUAAGGCUAGAGAUAAUGCUUCUGUUCCAAGUAUAUUGAAGAUGAAAACUCAUCUGCAAUGUUAAGUUUCAAAAUUAUAUACCAAUGAAUAAAAUGAAAUAUAAAAAAGGUUGGAGUACACACAUAGACUAAGGAAAAGCAAAGUGUUAACAAAGAGUAAAGCAGCAUAAAUUAUUUUAUAUUGGUCUAGGAAAGCCUCCUAGAGUAAGUGUUGACAAACUUUCUGUAAAGGAUCAGAUAGUAAUUAGCUUUUCAGAAUCAAAUGAUCUCUUAAAAACUGCUUGCUCUUGUUUUUAUAGCAUAAAAGUACCACGGACAAUAUGUAAAUGAAUGUGACUGUGUUCCAGUAAAACUUCACAGAAACUAGCUGGGUUGGUGCAUAUGGCAGGGGAUCACAAGUUUCAGUCCCACCUGGGAAACUUAGCAAAACCCUAUGUUAGAGAACGUAGCUCUGUAUGAUGGUCCAGGAUUUAAUCCCCAAUAGGGGAAAGUGAGGGUGGCACUUCAUUUACAGACACAGACAGCAAGCCAUAUUUGGCCUAUGAACCAUCCCUAAUCUCUGCCCCAGAGGAGAAAAACGAGCAUAUUAAACAGUAAAUUCUGGUACUGCGUAUGUGAAUGUAAGAAAUAAUUGUAUUCAAUAAUUAGACAUUCAAAGAAAAUCUGAUAGUUAUUGAUAUUCUUCAAAAGAUGAUUGUGAGAUAGUCAUAUACAGAUGACUAUCAUACAGGUGCACUUGUAAAUUUUAAAACUGGCCACACCUAAUAUUUAUUAGAAAUAUUUCUUGUAUUUAAUCAGCCAAAAAGUCUGUAGAAAAGAUGUUUUAAAAGUACUGAAAUUUUUUUCAUAAAUUUUACAUUUCUGUUGAUAAAUGGGAAUCCUUUACCAAUCUUUUGGGUUUGUUUUUUUUUUAAUGACCUCAUGGACAGAAAUUGUUGCAUUUUUGAAAGUUAACAUAUAACUAGCCACAAUUUUUUUUUAAAGAUUCUAUUUAUCAAUUACUUUUUUCUGUUCUCUUUGUUUGGCUCCUAAUAAAUGACAUAUCUGCCCUUUGAAGAAGAUAAACAUACUGUAAUUUCACACCUUUUAGCUUGUAUAAAAUUAAGAAUUGUGACUGAUUAUUGCUUUAAUGUGAGUGUAUUUGUUACACUGUGAUUCUUUAUAAGAAACAAAGUGUAUCUCUGCUUUCCCUAUCCAAUUGUUUAACAUAGACUUUUGUAGACAUCUUAGCACUGUCCAUGGUGAGUGAUAUUCUUAAUAUAAUCAUGUAUGAUUCUGAAUUCACUAGAAGUACACACUGCUGAGCAUGUUCAUUUGCUAUGCUUCAUGCAUGGUGUUACAGUAAUUAUAGUCACUUAAGUAGUUAUACUUUCUUUUAAAAUUGGAAUACAACUCUAGCUUUUUAACAGUUUAUUGUUUUAAAUAGCUACUUUAUUUCUUUAAUGUUUUCUGUAAACUUGUGAAUUACUGCUGUUAUAAUAUUCUUAUUAUUAGAAGUGGCUUUUCCCCUAAGAUCUUUAGUCUUUUAGAUUCAAAACAACUUAAGGUUUUGACCGUUCGGCAGUAGAAAAUAUCUAUGCAUGUUUUUAUUUAGUUUUGUAAAAUUGUGUGGUUUUACUUCUUAAACUAUGUACUAAAUUUUCUGUCCCAAGUAUUUCAGAUGAAAAACAAAAUGCUGACCAUUAAAGCUUUUGCCACCUUUCUUUCUUUCUUUCUUUUUUGGUACCAGGGAUUGAGCUCGGGUCCUUGCACUUGCAGGGCAGGCAGUGGAACCACUGAGCUAAAUCCCUGGCCCUGCCACCUUUCUUUCUAAAAUGGCUUCUAUCUCAAAGGAAAAAGACAUUGAAGAGCAAUGGUUUAUAUUUAUAAAGACUAUGUUUUAGAUUCCCUUCAGUUUUUUUAAUUAUAAAUUUUCUACAUAUGUAAACUAUUGAAAAACAUGUGGACUUCUGCAGAGAUAGUAUUUCAGUGCAAGUGUACCAGGUUACUGGUUUUAUCUUUCCCUUUUAGUUUAUUUUCUCCCAAAGCAUAGCUAUAUGCCAAUAGUAUUCCUUAUUUGAUUCUGCUAAUUUUUCCUACAGGAAAAGUAAAGCAAAGAAUAUGUUUAGAGCAAUUAUUGAAUAAACUAAUGUGAUUCUAUUUAUCUGUGUGUUUCUGUAAUGGAAUUUUUACAAUUCAAAGGCAAUAUUUUUAGACCUACUGGAAAUCUGUUUCAAAAUAGCUGUAGGAUUCUGCCAGUGAGGGAGAAAAAGUUAAAACAUUGAUGUUUUUAAUGGUGAUUUGUUUUUGUUUCAUAGAGAAAUUGAUCUCCUCUGGCAGCAUGGAUGCUAAAUAAAUGAAAUCAUUAUCUUUAGUCCCACAGCUUGCUUACAUUCAGUAGUUAAUAACAUGAUGAGUGGUCUGUAGGGUAAGCAUGUGUUCAAUAUCAAUGUAAAUAUUGAAGCCAAAAUUAAUUCCCAUGAAAACUGAAAUUAAAUGUCAGAGACAACUAGC